UGCCGCACAUCAGUUUAGUCGCACGGUCGCACCAUUGUAUAUAUAGUUCCCCUUCAAAGACAGAACUUUAUAUCGAAGGCAUUCAAACAAAUCAGGCAUGAUUUACGGAAUUUCGAUAACAGUUUUUCUGGUAUUGUCCAUCCUAACACAAGCUGGGCGAGCUUGCAACGACAUUCCCGAAGAUCAACCUACUUUUCGUGAAAAUUCGUUCGUGAAUGACGUCGAUCCCUCUACUCAUCAGUUGGCAGCCUCUGAUGUUAAUCCAUGGCUACCUUAUUAUUACGAUGAUCAAACUCACGGUCGAACUCUUGGAGGAAAUAGAGAGUCUGGCGAGAGCCAGCAGAUUGAAAACCGCGCUGUGUUUAGCGUUUUCCCUUCUCGGCUGUUCGGUAAUGGAAACAUAGCCAACCCUUUCAACUUCAACCCAAGAUCUUUAUUUGGUAAAAGUUCGACUUCGGCUGUAUUCCCUUACGACAGCUGCUCAUCUCCCAACGGAGUGAUGGGCAUUUGCGCCACCGCUGGAAUAUGCACCCAACUUAGCGGCACGGCCAGCGGAUCAUGCGCAUUCGGCAGCGUUUGUUGCAUCAAUGUCGCUACAAACUGUGGUGGGACAGUUAGCCUGAACAACACUUACUGGCAGUCACCAACAAAUGGCAUCAGCACUUCCACAACCAGCUGCGCUCUCACAAUCAAAUUAGACACAAAGUUGACUGAACAGAAGAGGCCCAUCUGCCAAGUUCGUUUGAAUUUCGUUCAGUUUACCAUUUCUCAACCGGAUGCUCAAUCUCUGUGCACCAACGGCGAUUUUUUCGAUGUUGGAGGACAAACGAACAAAGUCCCCACUAUUUGCGGAGAUAACGAAGGACAACACAUGUACUUGAAUGUGCCAUCCUCGGCCACCAAUCCCACCGACCUGGAGCUGGCGUUCACUUUCGGACCGACAGCCGUUACUCGUGUCUGGAACAUCUUGAUCUCCAUGCUGCCUUGCGACGCCAACUAUCUCGCCCCUGUUGAUUGCCUGCAGUACUUCCCUACUCGUUCAGGACGAGUGCGUUCGUUCAAUUGGCGUGACGUCGCCGGAACAGCCACCCGCCAGUUGGCCAAUCAAGACUACAGCAUCUGCUUCCGUCGGGCUUCUUCAAAUACGGGGAGGUUGUGUUUCACGACUUGUGUUGUGACCUCGUCUCAGCAGCCGUUUAGUUUGAGUGUGGCUCGAUCUUUGCCAGGUGUGGCCCUUGUCGGUAACAGCCAAAUCAUUUCAACCAACUGCAACAACGAUUAUCUGAUCAUUUCGGGUGGCUACGAUCCCACCAAUCCAAAUCCAAAUCCGCCCGUGACCAACAUGGCGUUCGAUCGCUUCUGCGGAGAAAGGCUCAACCCUCAACCAUCGAACGGAGCAUCCGUCACCGUUUGCACCACGAUCACGCCAUUUCGAAUUUCUUAUCGGACCAACGGCGACGAAACGACGACGCCCACGUCCGAUGUAGCCGGCAGUGGAAACAGCGGAUUCUGCCUCAAUUUCCAACAAUAAAAAACGAACAUAAUUAUUUUCCGAUGAUGAUGUGGAAUGGUAUACGAUAUAGCUGAGUAAUUGAAAGUCUUUAUCAAGAUUUAAACUUAUUACUGGUUCACUAUAUGGACUUGGACAAUAAGGGUAAAUUGAUUGGCUCGUGUCGUCGUGUUCCAACUCAUUUUCAUGUGGCUCUUUAAGCAAGUUUUAUUUCACGGUGGCGGUACGGAUGGGAAAAUUAUUUAUUAUAGAUGAAUUAAUUUUUCAGCACACGGAAUUAUUUGUGCAGACUGAAAAAUGUGCAAUUAAAAAUAUAAGUUAUUCAUCAUUGAAGUAGUAAUAAAUAUACAGA